AUGAACUUGGCCCAACUCAGUGCCAGCGGCGGCUUCCUGCACUUGAAGCAUGCUCACAAUCGCCUUGAGACUGUGGUGGAGAAGGAAAUUAAGCAGUCGCCUCAGCAGAGAAUGUCAGCGGAGGGCAUGGAUCCAACCAGUAUGGAGGUCCUGGCGAUCAAACACAUGAGCAGAAAACCGCAAGAGAAGUGCGCCGACCGAUCUGGUGCUGUAAUCACUAUGAAAAACAUACAGGUUCGAGGAAGAAGAUCAAGACGUGUGUUGGCAAGGAACUUUGUCUGUCAAAGAGCACAGUUCUUUUGA